AUGCUAGGUAAGAGGAAGAGCCCACAGAGAGAUCUGCUGUCAUUCUGGGCAGUGCCAGUGACAGCCCCCCCUUAUUCACCCCCGGAAAAUGAGAGUGCAGAGGGCACAGAAGAAAUGGAAGAUAAAGCGAGAUCAGAAGAGAUUGAGGACAGACGUGAGAAGAUGAACCCGCUCACUGUGCGGGUAUAUGACAGUGAUCUCAGCAAAGUUGUCCACAGGUUCCUGGAUAUGUGCCCCACCAGCGGGCCAAACUGCGGCACAGCUGAAGUCAUCUACAAGAAGAUGGAUGAGGCCAUGCAGAAAAACGCCAUGCCAUGGAGAAACUGUAUGGGGGGUUUUAUCCGCAAGCUGCUCUCAAAAUUUCUGAAGCCCGCAGCAUUGCAGCACCGGGAACUGCAUGAAAUAUGCUUUAAGGAGCCAUCCAACCAACUGCCAGGAGAAAAGUUGGUGAUUGGCUUCACUACUCGAGUUACACUCAACAGGCUCCUUGAAGCAGGAGCCAUUACACCGCAGCAAGUGCAGAGGUUCCAGAAGGCAGCAGUGGCGUUUCUGGAAAGGGCUGUGGAGUAUGCCAUCAAGAAACUCCCCAUGAAAGAGCCUCUGAUUAAACAUGCCAUGUUUCUGGAUGUCCAGCAGAGAGCAGAGUGUGGAGUGGAAGAUGCCUUCUACUUUGUCGACAGAUUUCCUGAACUUCUCCCAUACAAUGGACCUGAAGAGCGUGACAAACUUUGUGAGGAGUUUCUGGACUACCAGACCAUGGACAUUGCCAUGCCCGACGACCCAGUAAUGUUUGACUUUGAGAGAUUUUGGGGGAACAUGGCAUCAAUGAAGAACAAGGUAAGAAUUAUUCUGUACUCAUGGGAAUACCCAUUGACAUAAUCAACUUAAUAGUACACAAAAAUACUUGUGAGUAAUUAGGCUUCCUAUGUGCAUUUUUCAAA